AUGCCUGAACGACGACACGGCAAAAGGUAUGAUCGCAGUGUCUCACGCAAUUCGGCUCAUCAACAUGACACGGACGACGACCGACGACAUCAAGAGGCGAAACGCACAAGAAGUGACCACGUGAUAAUGAGAGCCACUCCCUUCACUGAAAGAAUCCUGAAAGAAAAACUCCUUAAAGGCUUCGACAAACCUACGGAUAUGAAGUACGACGGAACCAAAGACCCCCAGGAGCACCUAACGGCCUUCAAGGCCAGGAUGAACCUGGAAGGGGCCGCUGGCGCGGUCCGAGGUAGGGCUUUCCCGGUAACCCUAGCUGGGCCAACGAUUAAAUGGUUCAACGCCCUCCCCAACAGAUCCAUAACUGGCUUCCACAAUAUCUCACGGAAGUUCAUGGCCCAAUUCACCACCAGAAUCACCAAAGCUAAACACCCCAUCAGCUUAUUGAGAGUCACCCAGAGACAAGACGAGUCCACGAGAAAAUACCUCGAUCGCUUCAACGAUGAAUGUUUAACGGUCGACGGACUCACGGACUUAGUCGCAAGCCUUUGCCUAACUAACGGGCUCAUGAAUGAAGACUUCCGAAAACACCUCACUACCAGACCGGUGUGGACCAUGCAUGAGAUCCAGAGCGUCACAAAGGAGUACAUAAACGAUGAGGAAGUAAGCCAAGUCGUAGCCGCUAAUAAACGGCAGCACGGCAGCACACGACACGGCAGCACGACACCUCGACAUAACCCCCCACCAAGAGAAAACCAUAAAGAACAUCCCAAACCAGCAAACGUAAACCAACCCCCCAGAAUCGGAAAAUUCUCUAACAACACACCUCUGACGGCCCCGAUCAUCGAGAUAUACCACCAAAUAGCCGAUCGAGAUAUUCUCCCGAGGGCCCGACAACUCAAGGAAAGAAUGGGCGGCAACAAGACCCUGUACUGCGACUACCACCAAGGAUGCGGACACAGGACACAAUAUUGUUUCGACCUAAAAGACGCCCUCGAGCAAGCCAUACGAGACGGCAAACUCUCCGAGUUUGCCAAAAUCAUCAGGGAACCAAGACGCACGGAAAAAGACAGAUCACCAGAAAAAGAAGGACGUAACCCAAGGACACAGAGACAAGCCUCUAGGAAAAGCCCUAAAACAGAUCCGACCAUUAUCGUGAACGUCAUCACAGGGAAAGACACCCCAGAAAAAUCAAAAUCAGCAUUGAAGAAGGAUCUCAAGAUCCUGGCAGUUAGAGACCAAACCCCAACCGCCACCAACAAUAGAGCGAUAACAUCUCCCCCGAGGAUUGCCAGCAUGGCACCUCGGCAGAAGACGCCCCCUUCGUCAUCUCGACAAAGAUUGGAACUGGGCUAG